CCCGCGCAGGCCGAAGGGCGGCGCCGCGCGCGGCCAGGAGGAGCAACGCCUUCCGCCGUGGUUUGUCCCUGCUGCGCCCCCAUAGCGGCCCCGCGGGAAGGCCGUUGCGGGGGGCUCGCGCGGUCGCCAUAGCGACAUGGCCUAGGCGGCGGCGGGCAGCGCUGCGGCCUGCGCGCGGCCCCGGCGGCGGGCGGGGCGCGGGGUCGCGGCGGCGAGGGCCGGGCCGGGCCGGGCGGGGCCAGGCCGGCCCACGCCAGGCCAGGCCAGCGGCAGGAGCAGGAGCAGGUGCGGGGCCGGGCGCGGCCGCGGCGGGGAUGAGCCAUGGCGUCGGUGAAGGUGGCGGUGCGAGUGAGGCCCAUGAACCGCAGGGAGAAAGACCUGAAUGCAAAGUUUAUUAUUUCAAUGGAAAAAAAUAAAACAACAAUCACAAACUUAAAGAUACCAGAGGGUGGAACUGGAGACACAGGAAGAGAAAGAACGAAGACAUUUACCUAUGAUUUUUCAUAUUUCUCAGCAGAUAGUAAAAGUCCCAGCUUUGUGUGUCAAGAAAUGGUUUUCAAAAAUCUUGGUACGGAUGUGCUUAAAUCUGCUUUUGAAGGUUAUAAUGCUUGUGUUUUUGCGUAUGGACAGACUGGAUCUGGAAAGUCCUACACUAUGAUGGGAAAUGCGGGUGAUGCUGGUUUAAUACCUCGAAUUUGUGAAGGAUUAUUUAGUAAAAUAAGUGAAAAAACAAAGCGGAACGAGGCAUCCUUUCGAACAGAAGUCAGUUAUCUGGAAAUUUAUAACGAACGCGUGAGAGAUCUUCUCAGGCGGAAGUCAUCAAAAACUAAUAAUUUACGAAUACGAGAACAUCCAAAAGAAGGGCCCUAUGUUGAGGAUUUGUCUAAACAUUUAGUGCAAAAUUAUACUGAUGUAGAGGAACUUAUGGAUGCAGGAAAUAUAAAUAGAACGACAGCUGCAACUGGAAUGAAUGAUGUCAGCAGCAGGUCUCAUGCCAUUUUCACAAUCAACUUCACUCAGGCUAAAUUUGAUUCUGAAAUGCCUUGUGAGACUGUUAGCAAGAUUCAUUUGGUAGAUCUUGCUGGAAGUGAGAGAGCAGAUGCCACCGGUGCCACAGGCGUUAGACUAAAGGAAGGGGGGAAUAUUAACAAGUCUCUAGUUACUCUGGGAAAUGUCAUUUCUGCCUUAGCUGAUUUAUCUCAGGAUGCAACAAAUCCUCUUGCAAAGAAGAAGCAAGUAUUUGUGCCUUACAGGGACUCUGUGUUGACUUGGCUGUUAAAAGAUAGCCUAGGAGGAAACUCGAAAACUAUAAUGAUUGCCACUAUUUCACCUGCUGAUGUCAAUUACGGAGAAACUUUAAGUACACUUCGCUAUGCAAAUAGAGCCAAAAACAUCAUCAACAAGCCUACUAUUAAUGAGGAUCCUAACGUCAAACUGAUCCGUGAGCUGAGAGCUGAAAUAGCCCGAUUAAAAGCCUUGCUUGCUCAAGGGAAUCAGAUUGCACUCUUGGAUUCUCCAACAGCUUUAAGUAUGGAAGAAAAGCUUCAGCAGAAUGAAGCAAGGGUACAAGAACUGACCAAAGAGUGGACAAACAAGUGGAAUGAAACCCAAAAUAUUCUGAAAGAACAAACCUUGGCCCUUAGGAAAGAAGGGAUAGGUGUUGUGUUAGAUUCUGAACUGCCUCAUCUGAUUGGCAUUGAUGAUGAUCUUCUUAGUACUGGUAUCAUCUUGUAUCACUUGAAGGAAGGCCAAACAUAUGUUGGCAGAGAAGAUGCUAUGACAGAACAGGAUAUUGUUCUUCAUGGCCUUGAUUUGGAAAGUGAGCAUUGCAUCUUUGAAAAUCUCAAUGGUACUGUGAAUCUAAUACCACUGAAUGGAGCUCAGUGUUCUGUGAAUGGUAUUCAGAUUACAGAAGCCACACACCUAAACCAAGGUGCUGUUAUAUUACUUGGAAGAACUAAUAUGUUUCGCUUUAACCACCCCAAAGAAGCUGCCAAGCUAAGGGAAAAAAGAAAGAGUGGACUGCUGUCUUCCUUCAGCUUGUCUAUGACAGAUCUUUCAAAAUCUUGUGAGAACCUGUCAGCAGUUAUGCUUUAUAAUCCAGGUCUUUUCCCUGUGAAAGGACCGAUCUGUCUAAGGCUAGAAUUUGAGAGACAACAACGAGAGGAGCUUGAAAAGCUGGAAAGUAAAAGGAAACAAAUAGAAGAAAUGGAAGAAAAGCAAAGAUCUGACAAGGCAGAACUUGUAAGAAUGCAGCAAGAAGUAGAGUCACAGCGCAAAGAAACAGAAAUAGUGCAGCUGCAAAUUCGAAAACAGGAAGAGAGUCUGAAACGGCGAAGUGUUCACAUUGAGAGCAGGUUAAAGGAUUUGCUGGCUGAAAAAGAAAAAUUUGAAGAGGAGAGGUUACGGGAACAACAGGAGAUAGAGCUUCAAAAGAAAAAGCAGCAGGAAGAAAUUUUUGCCCGGGUCAAAGAAGAGUUGCAGCGACUGCAAGAACUUAAUCAUAAUGAAAAAGCUGAGAAAAUGCAGAUUUUCCGAGAACUAGAAAAGCUUAAAAAAGAAAAAGAUGAACAAUAUAUCAAGCUGGAAUCAGAAAAAAAGAGACUCGAAGAACAAGAAAGGGAGCAGGUGAUGUUGGUGGCUCAUCUAGAAGAACAGCUUCGAGACAAACAGGUCAUGAUAGAGCUACUGAAGAGAGGAGAUGUUCAGAGGGUUGAAGAAGAGAAAAAAGAUCUUGAAGAUAUUAGAGAAUCUCUUCUGAAAGUCAAGGAAGCCCGGUCUGAAGGUGAUGAAAACUGUGAAGAGUUAGAAACAGCACAGUAUAAUUUCAUAGAGUUUAAAAGAAAACAACUAGAACAGUUGAAUAUUUUAGAGGAAGAUUUAGUUCAACAAAUGGAUCACCUAGAAAAGGAAAUAGCACAUGAAAAAGGAGCUCUGGACCACUUAAAAUUUGCACAUGAAGAACAGUUAGAAAUAGCCAAGAAAGAGGAUGAAAACUUUGCAGAUGCUGUACUCAAGGCUGAAGAAUUUGACAAGAUAAAGCCAGCAGAAUAUAGGCUCCAAUCUAAAGCACGCCAGCUUGAAUACCUGAAGAAUAAUCAUUUGCCAGCUCUGCUGGAAGAAAAGCAAAGAGCUUCUGAAGUUCUUGAUAGAGGCUUGUUAGGAUUAGAUAAUACACUCUAUGAAAUUGAGAAAGAAAUAGAAGAAAAAGAAGAGCAGCUUGCCCAAUAUAGAGCUAGCACAAACCAGUUGCAGCAGCUUCAAGAAACAUUUGAAUUCACAGCCAAUGUAGCUCGCCAGGAAGAAAAAGUUCGGAAGAAGGAAAAGGAAAUCCUUGAAUCAAGGGAAAAACAGCAGAGAGAGGCACUGGAACAAGCUGUCGCUAAGUUAGAAAGGAGGCACUCUGCUUUGCAGCGUCGUUCCACAAUAGACCUUGAAAUUGAGGAGCAGAAACAGAAGCUUGCCACCUUGAACAACAGCAGCAGUGAACAGGCAGGUCUGCAGGCUAGUCUAGAAGCUGAGCAAAAAGCCCUGGAACAAGACAGGGAACGCCUGGACCAAGAAAUUCAGCAGCUGAAGCAAAAAAUAUAUGAGGGUGAUGGUGGACAGAAAGGAAAUCAUGGCAUAUUAGAAGAGAGACUUUCUCAUACCAGUUCCCCUACCAGCCCAACAAAGCCACAGCCAUCCUCCAUUCCACUAGCUGAUGAUAGGAUAAAUGCCUUUAUUGAACAAGAAGUACAGAGACGGCUUCAAAAUAUUCAUCGCAGAUCUGAGGAUAACCAUGCUAGCCUGUCCUGGUCUACAGGAAGUUUAAAGGAUAAUGAGAGGCUUAAUAAUGGCACUGUUCAACGCAAGCUGAAGUAUGAGAAAAGUCAACAGUGGCAGCCACAUUAUGGCUUUCCAUUUUUAACUAAAGAUGGCAAUUGUGCUGCUGAGUUGUGUGGAGAAAACACAGGAAUAACAGACCCUAAAAGACAGAAGAAGUAUACAGAGAUGUGGAAUAUAUUUUCUAGUCCUGGAAGAAUCUCCUCCCCCUUUACAUCAGAAGAUGCAUUUGAAAAUGAAGGGAACAAUUCAGGACAGGAGAGCUUUGCUUGUCUUUAUGACACUGAAUGUAACUUUACUCAAUCUAAAAAUACCAAUACUUUAAAGAGAGAGAAUGUUCCUUAUCAGAAUGUUUUAUCUACUUCCUUACAAAGUCAUGACUUAAAUAAUGUCGCUUAUUCACACUAUAAGGUUGAAAAUUUCAAUCAUUUUGAUGAUAAAAGAAGUAUUUCUCAGGAUCAUGACAGCUCAAGAACUGAAUCUGAUUAUUUCCACUUGCAACAUCUGUCUCCUUUAGGAUCUUUAGCAUCUGCUAAUGAGCAGGCUAGUUUUAACAGCAUAUCUUGUCUUGUCUUUUCUCAGUCUAACAUAGAUUCAGAAAUAGCUUGUAAAGAAAACAGUCCACUUAAGACAGUGCACCGGACAAUCCAAGGCCAGUCUAGUAAUUCUCAGCUUCCAACUGAAAAAGCCCCUGAUCUGAUCUGUAAGUCACUAACUCCUUGUUUUGAUGUGAGGCCAGAACAAACCUAUGGUUUGGGAUAUCUUUUCAGCAAGCUCUUCUGCUUUUACAAAGAUACCAGUAGUCAUCUGCUCAACAGUACCAUGGUUUCUGAACAAAUUAAGCAGCUGGGAAGUUUGUGUGACAAAAGUGAGAGAUAUGCACAAGUGGUAUCAUUAAUAAAAAACCUCCCAUUUGUAAGGAACUUACAAGUAGAUGUAUUUUUCAGUUCAGGGGUGAGUCAAGACACAUCUCACUCUACUAAAGACACUAAAGCUCAAACUGAUAAUGUCGUUCAGCUAGAAUCCCCUGCACAAGAGGAUACCACAGUGUGUGCAAGCACAGAAAUCUCAAAUGCCUGUGCAGGAAAGCCUCCUGAAGGAUUUGUAUGCUGUUGUAACAAUGAAAAAUUGGAAAACAGUCUUGUGUUAAGACAGAAAUUUGUGCAUUUUCCUGAUGUCCUUCUGAAGCUUCAGGUCUGUUCUCGGGAAAAAGUGCUGGAAUAUUUGACCUGUGCCUUACCUCAAAUUUGUAUUGGUAUGGAGGAGUUAAAAGGUAUAUAUUGGCUUGCUGUUGGCAAUUGCAGAAGACCUGAUCCAGAACCUGCUUGCUUGCUUUUGUUCAGUUCUGUUUUGUAUGUUGUUGCUUUGUCAGUCAAACAGGAUGUUUGUCAAAAUUCCUUAGAAAUAUUUCAUAAGGUUCCAGUCAUCACAAUAGAAGAGAUUCAAGUUGGUUUUGCUGGACAGAAUAUUAGACUUCUGUGCUCUACCGAUGAUAACUCGCUCACAAUAUUUACCUAUAACAAACACUUCACUCAAAGAAUUUGCCAUGACAUAAUAAGUGUUUUGAUUUCUGCAACAGAUGAUGCUGUUUAUUUAAAUCACCAGCUCUUGAGAGGUGAUUUGUUGCAGAUUUCGCUUGACUGGGCAUCAGAAGUAAAUGACUUAGUUUUUUCAAAUGGAGUGCGAUUGUCUUGUAAAUUCAGAACAAUGUUAGCUGAUCUGGUCUACUUACUCCAUGAAAAUAUGGGAAGCAAUAAACCUUCGUUAGGUGACGUUCAUGUACUGCUAUAUACCACAGUGAAAAAAGACUGUUUUAAGAAGACUGUAGAUAGAUCUCUAGUUCUUACAAGUACUCAUAUAGGUCUCUUGAGGGAAAAUGUCUUUUAUUCUGCACCUAACUUUUUGAAUACUCUGCCCCAGCGAUCACAAUUUGACAAGCUUCAGUUGUACAGUUUGAAUGAUCUCCGAUGUGUGGUUUUGCCAGACAAAGAGACUUUCACAAAAAUUGAGCUUGUUUUUUCUAGAAGAAGCAAGGUUGGAUCUGAUUCAGGAAUUGGUUUUUCUAAAUAUGAUGAAAAAGAAAUAAAUACUCAGCUGACAGUCAUUCCAUCAUUUCUUCAAAACAGUUUGCAUCUCCCUUCAGAAAUCUGGAAAUUAACAUUCAGCUCAAGUGAAGAAGCCAUUUGGCUAAUUAUGCAUCUGACUAGGUGUUGAAAUUCAAAUACAUUUAGAUACAUUCAAAAUAAGAGGUAAUGGAUACUGGUAAAAUACCUUUUUAUCAAUAGGCAAAUCAGCCCUUUGAGUCUUUAAGGGAGUACCUUAGGGUGUGUAUACACAUCUUACCAACAAUCAUUAUUAUUUGAUUGUUUCUACUGGUGACUCUCUAAUGUAAUUGUACAAACUUUUCCUUGGAAAGAGGAAAUUAAAAUGUUUCUACUUAAUGUGGUAGGUGGAUCAAAGCUAUAAUUACAGCUGUGUCUUCAGGUUUCUAUUUUGGCUAUUGUUUCUGGCUCCCUCCAUUUCUUAUCCAUCUUAAUUAAUGUCUUCUGCAUUCCUCCUUGAUUGCCUUUUCCUUAAUCUUUCUGACUGUCUUUGUUUUUCAUGAUUCUCAUCUAUUUCAUGUCCUUGAUUUCAAUAUUUCACAUUUGCAAUGUUUUUUGUGUGUCUGAAUUGCAAAGUGCUUAAGCUAUGGUGCAUUCAUUGUAUGCUGUUAAUACUAAGGAUGUUUGUAGCUUUCAUACCUUACAAUUUUGGCAAGAAUACCAUUGACAAGCAAUUCUCUUCUGCUUUGGAGUUUCACAUUCUCUUGGAUUAAAGUUUGUCACAAAUGUAAAA